AAUCAUGCAACCAUUUGAACCCAGUGAAGAUGCAGAAGCAUGUUUGACCGUGAUCGAAAGCGAUGCAUUGCAUAGAUAGAAAUCGGCGAAGCCAGAUAUGAUGUGGCUGUUACAGAACACUUGCCAAAUCAAAUGUCUUUCUGUUCUAUUAGGAAGACGCAGGAAACCUCAAGAAUCCUUUCUACACAUUCAUUCUCUUUCAAAAUCUUCCCCGUUUCACCAUCUUAUUUCCAACGCCGAUUCUUGCAUCGUUCAUUUGCCACACAACAAAUCCCUCAACACCACCCUUUUACUUCACUCCACGCUCAAGUUCAAUCAUUUCCUUCAUCCCCAUCUAAUCACCACCGUUACGCUUCGCUACUUGAGUCUUGUAUUUCCGUCAAGGCGUUAAGGCCUGGGAAACAACUCCACGCCCGAUUGUGUCAACUGGGUAUUGCUUACAAUCAAGAUUUGGCCACCAAGCUGGUCAAUUUUUACAGCGUUUGUAAUUCUAUUCGGAAUGCCCACCAGCUGUUCGACCAAAUUCCUAAAGGGAAUUUAUUUCUGUGGAACGUCUUGAUUCGGGCUUAUGCGUGGAAUGGGCCCCACGAGGUUGCCAUUUCACUCUACCACCAGAUGCUUGAGUAUGGGCUCAAGCCCGAUAAUUUCACUCUCCCAUUUGUUCUCAAAGCAUGCUCUGCACUCUCCACGAUUGAAGACGGAAGGAUCAUUCACGAGCGUGUGAUACGAACUGGGUGGGAGAGGGAUGUGUUUGUUGGUGCAGCUCUUGUUGACAUGUAUGCUAAGUGUGGUUGUGUGGUCGAUGCCCGUCACGUGUUCGACAAAAUUGUUGAGAGAGAUACUGUGUUAUGGAACUCCAUGCUGGCUGCUUAUGCUCAAAAUGGACACCCUGACGAAUCGCUUUCUCUAUGCCGCGAGAUGGCAGCAACGAGUGUAAGACCCACCGAGGCAACUUUAGUCACUGUGAUUUCAUCUUCAGCUGACAUUGCCUGUCUUCCUCAUGGAAGGGAGAUCCAUGGAUUUGGUUGGAGACAUGGGUUUCAAUCCAAUGACAAGGUGAAAACUGCUUUGAUAGACAUGUAUGCAAAAUGUGGUUCUGUAAAAGUUGCUUGUAUCUUGUUUGAGCGGCUUAGGGAGAAAAGGGUUGUAUCUUGGAAUGCAAUUAUUACUGGCUGUGCGAUGCAUGGUCUUGUUGUUGAAGCUUUGGACUUGUUUGAGAGAAUGAGGGAAGAGGCUCAGCCAGAUCAUAUAACAUUUGUUGGUGUUCUUGCAGCUUGCAGCCGAGGGCGUUUGCUUGAUGAAGGGCGAGCACUGUAUAAGUUGAUGGUGAGGGAUUACUGUAUCAACCCCACUGUUCAACACUACACAUGCAUGGUUGAUCUCCUUGGUCACUGUGGUCAACUGGAUGAGGCGUAUGAUCUUAUAAGACAAAUGGACGUAACGGCAGAUUCCGGUGUAUGGGGUGCUUUACUGAAUUCAUGCAAAACCCAUGGGAAUGUGGAGUUAGGAGAGGUGGCUUUAGAGAAAUUAAUCGAACUUGAACCCGAUGACUCUGGCAAUUAUGUGAUUUUGGCCAACAUGUAUGCUCAAUCAGGUAAGUGGGAAGGAGUUGCUAGGUUGAGGCAGUUAAUGAUAGAUAAAGGAAUAAAGAAAAACAUUGCUUGUAGCUGGAUUGAAGUAAAGAACAAGGUCUAUGCAUUUCUUUCUGGAGAUGUUUCACAUCCAAAUUCUGGUGCAAUAUAUGCAGAGUUAAAGAGGUUAGAAGGACUAAUGCGAGAAGCUGGAUAUGUCCCUGAUACAGGAUCUGUCUUCCAUGAUGUGGAGGAAGAUGAGAAGGCAGACAUGGUGUGCAGUCACAGCGAAAGACUAGCUAUUGCAUUUGGACUCAUAAGUACAUUGCCAGGGACCAGGCUUUUGAUAACAAAGAAUCUUCGGAUUUGUGAGGAUUGUCAUGUUGCAAUCAAGUUCAUAUCGGAAAUCACGGAGAGGGAGAUAACAGUGAGAGACGUCAAUCGCUAUCAUCAUUUUAAGCAUGGAAUGUGUUCAUGUGGUGACUAUUGGUGAAGAAGCUUUCUUAACUCUGCAAAACGUCAUUCACUACAAUUUUUAAAGUAAAGUAAACGACAUUUUAUACGAUAAAAGACUGCACUGUGGGUUUUUGUAAAAUUAGGAACUGAAUUGAUCAGUAUUUAUAGUUUCAGUGGCUAAUAUUAGAGGCUCAUUUUUUAGGAGU